CUGGGAACCGGAACAAAUCCUCUCCUCAAAAAGAAACAAGAUGGCGCCGACAGAUUCGUGGCAAAGUGAAUGCCAAAAUGUACAACAGUAUGGACAAGACAUUAUGGAGAAAAUCAACGAACGCAACAGAAUACGCCGCUCAGGUGGAAACCACGCCAGGGUAGAAUCAGAUAUCAGGAUAAUGUUGAAGACAUUUAGCCGUGACGUUAACAACUUGAAACAGGCAUUACUCAGAGCGUCGUCGUCUUAUCAUAUAACUGAACGAGAAGUUGACAGYCGACAAAACAUGCUAGACCAACUCAUAACAAAGGAAAGACAACUAAAUUCAGCAUUACAACAAGAACCUGUCAACAAAGAUUUUGGAAGGUAUGGUAUGAGGUGUUGGUCUUAUUGUAAAAAAAUGUCUGAAUACUGA